GUUUAUUGACAGAUAUCAAACGAACGUAACCUUUCUUUUUUUUCGUUUUGUUUUGGAUACAAUUAUAAUUAACAUUUCAGUAGUUUUCAAUUAAUAAACUAGUGAUUUUGAUUUAGUAAAUGUUGUUUUUACUUAUAAAAUAAUUCGUGGUUAUACACUAAUUAACGUUACGUGUAUAAACGUAUAAAUUGUGUACAUAUUGACGUAGUGUUAUAAUUUAUAGUCUAUUUUUUUAUAAAACAUUCAAUAAAUUCAUUAUAAAAAUGUUAUACUUACCUUAUCAGUGAUGAUAGUAUACUUUCGGAAGUAUGUGGUAAUGGGCAUCAUUACGUAUGUUAAAAUUUUAACAAAACAAAUUAUAAGAACUAUGUACACUUGAAAAAAACGUGUAUAAUAUGUGGAUAAUUCUGUUUUCUUGGUGUACUACUGUUAGUUUUGUGAUGAUUUUAGUGUUAUGUAUCUGUUGGAGGAAAAAAACUAUAACGGAAGAUUGGCAUGGAUUGGAUGGUAUGGUAACGCAAAAAAAUCCCGAUGAAAACGUAAAUCACCUUCCUUCAGUAACAACUGUCGUCGACGGCAUAAAUUCUAGUGGAGACUGUUCUAAUUCGAACAAAAGGAAUAUUACGAAUUCCCGAAGGAGUUUACCCGAUAUACCAUCCGAGCAAGCUACCAAUAUAAAUUGGGACCCGACGGAUAAUUCUUCUGAACAUUACGCCACAGUGGGUCAAUAUCCGAAUUCAGGUAAACGACAUACUAUAGCUAACGGAAUAGAAAACGACGAAAAUGUUUCUCCUUAUGAGCGUGUUAAAUACGAUAAGAUCAAUUCAAACGAACACCCUUACGCCCAAUUGCAACCGAACGUUUCUAGACAGUUAGAACCCGAAGAAAAUCGCGCGUCUUCUGAGGAGAGAAUCAAUUUGUUGAGGACCGAUGCGAAUCCGGCGGACGAACCUUCGUCUCCGAUUAUAUCUCGUCGAUCUUCGUCGCACAGCGUCGGUUUGGAUAUACCGGCGGCCUCGGCCGUUGCCGGGGUGGUCGCCGCCAGUCCGGAACUGCCCUACAUGACCCCGCCGGUAACCCAAGCCAAUUUUAGCGGAGAUUCGCAAGAUUCUUCGAAAGGGUAUACCAGUAUCAGUGUAAGAGAACCUUUGGCUAAUAUACUAGCCCAAACUAACGAGAUGAUUCAAACUAAACCCGAAACGGUUUAUCCCCAUUAUUCGACAGUUUCCGACGAUUCCGACGACGUUUAUACCACAAUCCCCGAUCCGAACAACCCUGUAUAUAACAGCGAAAGCGAAACCUACGCCAGGAUACCAUCGGCGCCGAUUACGGUGGAAGUGGAAGUGAACGCGCCGCCUCCGGCCCGUUUACAAAUUCAACAAGACGUAAUCGGCGACGAAACCGCUCCCCAACCGCCCCCCGUAGAUAGUUUAAAGCAAGUUAUGGCGCAGAAUCACACCAAAAGUCGUACUCACUCGCGGCAAGGUUCGUCAUCGAGUUCAAUAGCCAAUUUGGGUUCUCCCAAACCGGAAAAACGACAAGUCAAUUCCCCCCUACCGCCCCCGCCGACCAACGUCGACGAUCUCUACGCCAAAGUACACAAAAAUAAAAAAGAAGAAACCGCCGCCGAUCAAAAUGAUGUCGAAACUAUCGUAGAAGAAAAUACAAUCAGUAUCAACGUCACCAGAUCGUCGUUGGGGAAUAAAAUACCCCAAAGGAGAUACAAAAAUCACGAUUACGAAACUCUGAAAAAAUCCGCGAGGAGAACCAGCGAUCCUGGUUACGAGAAAAUUCGCGACGAGCCUGGUUACGCGAGCAUCGCGGGUCCGGAGAGCAUCCCGAACUCCGACGCCGGGUACGAGAUUAUUAAAAACAGGUCAGAAGAGGAUCCGAAUUACGAGGAACUUCGACAUCGAGUGUCGAACGCGAGCGAUUCUUCGGCUUAUACGAAAAUUAAAGAUUUGAACGACGGUUAUUCUGUGGUGAAGAAGGACGAACCGAAUUACGAGAGUAUGCGCGGCGAUGAGGUCAAUUACGAUGGUUCUAAAUCGAAUAGCAGCGAAUCCGAUCCGAAUUACGAGAGCGUUAAAGAUUUGGAGGAGCCCCCGUACGAGAGGUUGGAGGAGGAUUCGAGUAGGACGAAUUCCGAUCGAUCCGGUAGCGAUAGAUCGAAGAAAAAAGAAUCGGAUAUAAACGAUACAUCCGAAAGUUCGAGUAGCAUUGGAAAAUCUUCCUCCGACAAAACAGAUCUGCCCCCCUACGAGCUGUUGAACAACGAUACCGAACUUUUCGGAUACGAAAAAAUUGGGUCGAAACUUCCAUCCAAUCACGAUACGACGAAUAUACACGACGAAGACGCUAUUUUUCAAGUGUGAUUUCCAAACAACGACUGGCCUAAUUUUUUAUUUGAAAAUUUUUACUUUGUACAUUUCUAUUUAUUAUUUAUAUUAUCCCUGUGGUUUUUCCCGAUGGUUUCGUCCUAUUCCUUGUUUUCCCCAGUUUUUUUUUACCAUUCAUUCGAUAAAUUCAAGUUUUUAUCUUACAGGGUGGCCCAAAAUGAAAUUUUUAUUCAUUGAUGGAAAUUUUCUUAGAAAAUACAAUUUUUUGUACAUCCCGUAUUAAAAAUUACCAAAUACGAA